UCGCAAAUAAAGUAAAAUUAAAAUAAAUAAAAAGAUUAAGAAAACAGAGUCUGUUAUUUUCGCUUUUAUCCAUGAAUCGCACUGGUUUUGAAUUUUGAGUUUUGAUUUUUGCCCAAUUUUAUUUUAAAUUUCACAUAAAACAUUUUCGUUUUGGGUUUAAUAAAAAAUAAUCAAAUUGUACUCUCAAUUCCCAAGGCUUGGCUUCUCUCUCUCUCUCUCUCAAACUUCGGAUGUGCUCUUAAUCAACGCUUAUGUUUUCUUGGCCCUUUUUAGGGUUUCUCUCUCCACCAUUUUUCUUUUUUAUUUUUUGUUGCUUUCUCUGCACUUCUAGGGUUUUGUUUCCAGACCUUCAAAAUUAAAUUUAUUCAAUAAUUUAAGGAAGCAAAGAAAGAUAAAAGACCAACGCACACACAGACCCCAACAAAUUAAAAAAAAAAACCCCUAACAUUCUGAAGGUGUGUGUAAAAUAAUAAUGCGAAUAUGAAUUCACUAGUUCUAUUGGGUGAUCGAGAUCGGAGUGGAAUAUGAACUUGUUCGUUUGCCAAUGGUGAGGAUGGUGAUGGCGAUUUUUCUUGAAGCCCAGAGAUUUGUAUGGAAGAGGAUGCCUUUGCUGUUCUAAUGCUAAUGCUAACGCGCCUCAUCAAUUUAUAUUCUAUUCUGGUAACUUAGAGAGGAGAAAAUCGCUUACUUAAACAUGCUUUUCUCCAAGCUCGAUGACUCUCCUAUGUUCCGCAAGCAGAUACAGUGCUUGGAAGAAAGUGCUGAAUCAUUGAGAGACAGAAGUUUAAAGUUUUACAAAGGAAGCCGAAAAUACACCGAAGGACUUGGGGAAGGAUAUGAUGGAGACAUUGCAUUUGCAAGUGCACUAGAAGCUUUUGGUGGGGGACACAAUGAUCCUAUCAGUGUAGCUUUUGGAGGCCCUGUUAUGACAAAAUUUACUAUUGCAUUGAGAGAAAUCGGAACAUACAAGGAAGUUCUUCGGUCCCAGGUUGAGCAUAUGCUUAAUGACAGAUUACUGCAUUUUGUGAAUAUUGAUUUGUUGGAGGUCAAGGAAGCUAGGAAGCGUUUUGACAAGGCUAGCCUUAUAUAUGACCAGGCUCGUGAAAAAUAUCUAUCCCUGAGGAAAAGCACAAAAACUGAUGUAGCAUCUGUUUUAGAAGAGGAGCUUCAUCAUGCAAGAUCUACAUUUGAACAAGCUCGUUUUAGCCUGAUUACAGCUCUUUCUAACGUAGAAGCAAAAAAGAGGUUUGAAUUUCUGGAAGCUGUUAGCGGGACAAUGGAUGCUCAUUUGCGCUACUUCAAACAGGGCUAUGAGUUAUUGCAUCAAAUGGAGCCAUAUAUUAAUCAGGUAUUGACUUAUGCACAACAAUCUAGAGAAAGGUCCAACUAUGAGCAGGCGGCUCUUAGUGAAAGGAUGCAGGAUUUUAAAAGGCAGGUUGAUCGUGAGAGUCGGUGGUCUUCCAAUGGUUCUAAUGGGUCUCCUAAUGGAGAUGGUAUACAAGCGAUUGGCCGAAGUUCUCAUAAAAUGAUAGAGGCAGUUAUGCAAUCUGCUGCAAAGGGAAAGGUUCAAACAAUUCGACAGGGUUAUCUCUCAAAACGUUCCUCAAAUUUGAGGGGUGACUGGAAAAGAAGAUUUUUUGUUCUUGAUAGCCGAGGAAUGCUUUAUUAUUAUCGAAAACAGUGCAGCAAAUCAUCUGCUUCUGGAAGUCAACUUUCAGGUCAGAGGAACAGUUCUGAGCUUGGUUCUGGACUUUUAAGUAGGUGGCUUUCUUCUCAUUAUCAUGGUGGAGUUCAUGAUGAGAAGUCUGUUGCUCAUCACACCGUGAAUCUGCUCACAUCAACAAUCAAAGUCGACGCUGAUCAGUCAGACCUGAGAUUUUGUUUCAGGAUUAUUUCUCCAACAAAGAACUACACCCUACAGGCAGAGAGUGCACUUGAUCAAAUGGAUUGGAUUGAAAAGAUAACAGGAGUUAUUGCUUCACUACUUAGCUCACAAGGUCCUGACAGGUGUCUGCCUGCUAGUCCCAUGGGAAGCAGUCACCAUCGUUCUACCAGUGAGAGUAGUUCUUUUGAAAGCUCUGACUUUGAUCACACUGCAGUUGACGAGCUUACACUGGAGAAGAGUUCUGCACAUCUUGAGCGCCCAUUGAGAGGUUCUCAGCAGCAACGGUCUUGCAUGAAAAAUGAGAAGCCAAUUGAUGUCUUGCGUAGAGUAUGUGGCAAUGACAGGUGUGCUGACUGUGGUGCCUCUGAACCAGAUUGGGCAUCAUUAAAUCUUGGUGUACUUGUUUGCAUUGAAUGUUCUGGUGUUCAUCGUAAUCUUGGGGUACAUAUAUCAAAGGUAAGGUCUCUUACACUAGAUGUUAAAGUGUGGGAGCCUUCUGUUAUUGGAUUGUUUCAAUCUUUGGGUAAUACCUUUGCCAAUUCUGUCUGGGAGGAGCUAUUGCAAUCGAGAAGUGCUUUCCAGAUUGAUCUUGUCUCAACAGGCUCAUACAAAUCUGAUAAACCACAACUGGGUUUUGUCAGUAAACCAAGUCAUGCCGAUUCUAUAUCAGUGAAAGAAAAAUUUAUUCAUGCAAAGUAUGCAGAAAAACUUUUUCUUCGCAAGCCGAAAGAUAGGCAAUAUCCUCAUCUGGUGGCACAACAGAUGUGGGAGGGCGUUCAGACUAAUGACAAAAAAGCGGUGUACCGUCACAUUGUUAAUUCCGAACCAGAUGUAAAUGCAAUUUAUAAGCAAGCAUCUUUCGGCUCAUCUUUAACUCUUGCCAAAGUAAUGCUAUUGCAUGAACAGCCAAGCCUUGAGACAGGGGAUUCCAUGGGAAGGUCUUCUACCAGCUCUUUGAACUUGGGUGGUACAAGUGAAGGCCAGACAAUGGACGAUCUAGAUGAAUGCACUUUGCUUCAUCUUGCAUGUGAAACUGCAGAUAUAGGCAUGCUCGAACUCCUCCUACAGUAUGGUGCAAAUGUAAAUGCUACUGAUAUAAGAGGUCAAACGCCCCUCCACCGUUGUAUUCUCAGAGGGAAAACAACAUAUAUUAAAUGGCUUCUUGCAAGGGGAGCCGAUACACGAGCAGUGGACAGGGAAGGCAAAACACCCUUUGAGCUUGCUGUUGAGCUAAACUUUGAUGAUACUGAUAUCCUUGCUCUAUUAUCCGAUUCCAGUGGAUGAUGAGGAAUCACCGAAGAGCCAACUAAGAUGCUGGAAUUUAGUGUGAAAAGGGAGAAGAUAAAAAAAAAAUUACAUAUAUAUAGAUAUAUAUACAAAAGUCUUGUUGCAUUUGUAUAAUUAAAUUCCAUAAUGCGAGAGAUAUUCUCCAUGUCACCGGGGGAAUAUUUUGUUGGGGUGUACUUGUAGAAGAGGGGAGGAGUUGAGUGGUAGUGGAAGGGCUCACUUGGUUGUGGAAGAUGGUUCCAUGUAAUUUAUUUUCAUUGGUUCCUCCAUUACUCUGGUGAAUCAAAGAGCAUCAUGCUGCUCUAAAGCCAGAGCUAUGUGAUUUGUUUUGCUAUAUAUAUAAAUAUAUAUAUAUAUAUAUAUAUAUAUAUUAUAUAUGUAUGUUAAUUCAGUUUGUCUGCUUCCUUUUGUGGCGAAGCUGUGAGAUGUAGCUUUAGGUCAUUGUGUAUUUGUACAUUAAUUUCUUCUUUUUAGUGAAGAUUUCUUGUGGCUGUUGCUGUUAA